AAUAAUAAUAGCCUAAACGGCGUUCGAAGAACUGAGUUGGUGGCCGUCGCCCGUACUAAUUCAUCAUCCCCACCGCUUUGCGCUGAGGAGGCCAUUGCCGAGCAAAGAAAGCUAUUAUAUAUUAUAAAUUAAAAUCAACAACAAAAGUUGAGACUGAGAGUUAAUUAUUAACUCAAGGAGAAAAUGUUCAAGAAGGCAUUGGACGCUAAAUCACAACAGCGGCUCUCAGGUGCUGACCGAAAGAAACUCAAACGCUCUAUCAGACUCCGAUUCCCCGCUUCUUCCGAUGCUGAUCUCGAUGUUUUACUUCCCCCUAAGGCAGAAAUAACCAUAUUCAAGUAUCCAAACCGAAUUCUUGUAUAUGGUCUGGAAGGUGAUUGCCCCAUGUUUUUUGAUUGCGAUGGACGAGGCUCAGAAAUAUUCCCUACAGUCUAUGCAUUGUGGAAGGUUCCAAAUCUGUUGCCUGCUUUUAUGCUAAAAGGCGGUGAGGUAUCUAGAUUUAUGCUUGGCGGAGCUGAUUUGAUGUUUCCCGGCAUCCAAAUUCCUGCUGAAGGUUUUCCAUCAUUCUCUGCUGGCGAGCCCUGGGCUGUCAAAGUUCCUGGAAAUCCAGCUCCAAUAGCUGUAGGCACUACCACAAUGAGUAGUGCAGAAGCAUUGAAGGCUGGUUUGCGUGGGAAGGCGUUAAAAAUAAGUCAUUAUUACCGUGAUACACUUUGGGAAUUGGCUGAAAAUUGUUAUGUCCCAAAUGCUGGGUUUUUCGAAGAUGCUGUAUUUGAGGACCCUGCUUUAAUUUCUGGUGGCCAGGCUUCUGAUUCAUGUGAAGAUCAUCUCUUAGUUGGCCAGACGAACGCAAUCAACGAUGAAUUUAUGGGAGAUGAUAGUGCUGCUGAUGGCGCUCCCUCUAUUCUUGGUUCUUCUUCCGCUGAAGAACCGAUCGUGACUAAGGAAGCCAGUGAACAAAUAACCACUGCCAUGGCUGAUUUGCAGGUUAAGGAUGACACAUCAGGCAUUGAGUCUAAUGUGGAUGACCAGCCUUUGUUGUCUGUUGAGGAUGUGGAUACGCUAUUGGACAAGUGUCUUUUGCAAGCUUUGCACACUACCGUCAAAGAUAAAGAUCUUCCCAUCCCAGGAAGCAUAUUAUGGUCUGGUCAUGUACUACCUUGCAGGCCAUCGGGUAUUAGUCUAGACAUAAAGAAGUCUUCUCACAAGAAACUGUCCAAGUGGUUACAGUCUAAAUCUGUUGGUGGACUGAUUUCGGUUAAAGAGGAUAAACAUAAGAAAGAGGUGAUGGUAUUAUCGGUUAAUCGAAAACACGUGGACUACACAUCUUUCAAGCCAGAGAAGAAGAAAGUGGAAAAGAAUGAGCAACCUGGAAAGAACAUUGCCGAUGAAGGACAGUUGCAGAAAUUACUUGAUGUUGUGGAGAUUUAUAAGCCAACUACACAUGUCAACCCUAUAUUUGCUGCUGUUGGAGCAGACACAGGGAAACUUUAUAGUGCUUCAGAAGCUUAUGAGAUUGUCUUUGGAUACAUUGAAAAAGAAAAGCUGGUGAAACAAGCAGACAAGUCCAUGGUGGUUUUGGAUGCAACUUUAUGUGAUGCUUUGUUCAAGGGUGCUAUUAAAAAGGGUUCAAUGUACCCUACUGAAAUUCAUAAAAAGGAUAUAGGGCAAAGCUUUAUUAAUCGAAUGCAAGCUAAUCACCUUGUAAUAAGAGGAGAACAUUCUGUUGUUCGAAAAGGUGCGCUUAAGCCACUCCAAAUAUUGACAGAGCGAAGGCAGGGUAACAAAAAAGUUACAAAACUUUCUGGCCUAGAGUCUUUUUUGAUAGAUCCAGAGACUUUGGCUUCAGAGCUGCAGAAGAAGUUUGCUUGUAGUACAACCGUAUCCGAACUUCCUGGUAAAAAGGGGCUGGAGGUUCUGGUUCAAGGAGGCGUGAUUGAUGAUCUUGCAAGACAUCUGGUUGAACAAUACGGGGUCCAAAAGAGAUACAUUGAAGUUCUUGACAAGACCAGAAAAUAGAAAUAAGGUUAAGGUGAAAUGGCGUAUGCUUUGAGUUUGUAAGAAGUAAGCCGGGGUUGGUGCAUAUUGAGCAAUACUUGUAUGAGAUGAGAUGAGAUGAAAUGAAAUGGCGUAUGCUUCUUCGGUGUUGACUAAUAUGUUGUGGUGCCAUUUGCUGCAUGCUGAGAGCAAAAUGGUUGAGAACGUCAUUGUUUCAAAAUGAUGUUUUUUUUAUGGUGCACUAGUCAGUCAGUAAAUUGUUUUUAUUUUAGUGAAAUCUUGUUUUGGUUGCUUGACAUUUGAAGUAAUGGUAUAAUAUACAUGGGAUGCGCUGAAUAUAUUAUUUUCUUCUUCUUUAAAA